AUGAAACUUUUAAGAGUAACACCUGAAAAAAAUAUAGAAUUUCCUCUUGUUCAUUUUCAAGCAGUAACUCAAGUUGUUAAAUUAGAAAAUGUAAGUGAUAAAAAAGUAGCUUUUAAAAUAAAAACGACUGCUCCUAAUAAUUAUUUAGUAAGACCAUCAUUUGGUUUAAUAAGUGUAAGAGAAACAAUAGAAAUACAAAUUAUAUUACAACCCUUGUCAGACAAAGAUAAUAUAUCAAAUGAUAAAUUUCAGGUACAGUGUUUAAAUGUUGAUGAUAAUACUACAGUUGAUAAACAAUUUUGGAUAACUGUUAAUAAAAAUGAUAUACAAGAUCAUAAACUUAUUGUAGUUCUAAACGAUGAAAAUAACAGUAAAUUAAAUCAUUCUUACAUACCCUCAAAUAAUGUACCUCUCUCAGAAAUGAAUAACAAAAACAUACAUAAUAUGGGUUAUGCAGAUAAUAGUAAUAUAAAUCAAGAUGACCCAAAUUUGGCAGAUGGUUUAAAAGGAGGUCUACCGGGUAUGCAAAGGAAAUAUCAUGAACUUUUAAAUUAUUGUGUUUUUGUUGAUAAACAAAAAGCAGCCCUAGAAAAAGAAAACGAGAGUUUAAAAAAUCAAUUAAAAGCAUAUAACAGUAACUCUAAUAAAUUCUUAAUAGAUAAUAAAUUAAUUCCUAUUAUAAUUGUAAUGUUAGCAAUAAUAACAAAAUAUAUGGGCUACUGGUAA